AUGGCUGCUAUCAGCAUAGCAUGGCUUGUCAUGCACCCACAUAACCCUGGUUUUGUGGUGACGUCACUUUCUGUAACCAAGUUCUCUCUCUCAGACUCCCAUGUACGAGGAAGAUACGAGAUUGGACUAACCUUAACAAACCCCAACAAGAUCACAACCCUAGUGGAGCUUCACCGUUCCGGCUUCUUGCAGCUUUACGGUCAUGAGGAGAGGCACUCGGUGGAUGCAACACAGCGGUGGCAACAACGCGUGGUCCUGGAGAAGUUCACCAACAAGAGUGUGAAGGUUGACUUUGAAGUGAUUGACCAGCACCAGAAGGCUGUGCCCCCGGUUCUGGUGGAGGACUUAAACAAAGGGGUGGUGAACUUCAACGUGGUUUUGACGGUUACAGUUAGAUUUGAAGCUGGAAUAUGGCCAAGCAAGGAUGUGUUAUUGGAUGUUUGGUGUAAGGAUCUGGAUGUGGAAUUCCACUCUCAAACAAAAGACACUGGCAAGCUUCUGGGUAUUGGGAAGAACUGCUCCACAAAGAAUGCUGGAGGGAGAACUUGA